AUGACCAUUAAAGUCACUCCACAAAAAAUCCUCGACAUCGAAGACGCUCUAUUUUCCGAAGAGAGCCCGCCCCGUGAUGAUGGCAAACUUGACUUUGAGCGCUGCGCCAGACUACACAAUUACUUGGUCGCAUACGGCUGGAUGGCUCGUCACGGGAAAGACAUGCCCGACCUCGAUGCACUAGCUCGCGAAAAAAAAUGGGUUUUAUUGAAGCAGAAGGAGAUAUACAGGCCAUUCGCGAGCGUCUGGUUCCGUCGCUUAAUUAGUUUCUGGAUUUGA